AUGCCUGCAUAUCACUCCAUCUUCCUGGAGGACAAAGAUGCCCCCGUAAUUGGGAACUUCCCUAUCUUACCGUUGCGUACUCGUACCCGUGGUCCCGCAUACACCCUUCCCGCAAUUCCCCCCAAUACCCUCGACAUUGACGUCGCCCCCGACAGCGAAUCCUACGACUGUGUCGAUGAGAUCUUGUCACUCUUCCGCGCGAAUGUGCUGUUCCGUAACUUUGAAAUCAACGGCCCUGCCGACCGUAUGCUCAUCUAUGGAACUCUCUUCCUCAGCGAGUGCCUCGGGAAGGUCAAGCCUACUAUGAAUGCCCGCGAAGCCGAGAAGGCUUUAAUCAAUGUCUCACUUGAAAGCUUUGCUAUUCCUGGUGAUGUGUCCUUCCCACUCAACCAGGCCUUUGAAGCCCCCCGCGACCGCCAGGAUGCGGAGACUUUGCGACAGUACAUCUCUCAGAUUCGACAGGAGAUUGCCUCACGGCUACAUGCUAGAUUAUACCCCGGCGGAGAAGGGCCGUCGAAGUUUUGGCUGAGCUUUACUAAGAGAAAGUUUAUGGGAAAGAGCUUGUAG